GCGGCACACUUCAGUAGUGUGGGUGAUCGUAGCGGGAGGAGUGUGGCUCCGCGCGCGGCCGCACCGCGAAACCGUGCCCACUCGCCUCGAUCACGGAACGUCCACUCGUUUUCACGUCUCGUGCGAAAACAUGGCGGCCAGCGACGACGAGCCGAUGCAUCUCUACGAGGUCUUUCAGAACUGUUUCAACAAGAUCGCCAACAAGCAGUCUGAAAAGCCCUUUCAGACGUCGUAUGGUCCUACGAUAGACAACGGAAUGGCGUAUAGCAGUGGUGCAUUCGGUCCUACGGCGGGUGGACCGGGCGGGGGGCCAGGCGGGGUGGCUAUUGUUGCGACCAUGUCGUGCAGUGAUCGAGAUUCGUUAGUCGAUCUAUAUUUGGACAAAUCGAUUGACGAGGAAAUACACCACUAUCCAGGCCUCUAUUAA